AUGUACUUUCAGUUGCUCGAGAAAGAAGUAUACGUCUGGUCAAAGCUGAGACAUGAGAACAUACUUCCUUUACUGGGCUAUGCGUUUGACAUGGAUACUGAGUUUCCAAUGCUAAUUUCGGAGUGGAUGGAAAACGGGUCAGCAUGGACAUAUGUUAAUUCAAACCCACAGUGUGACCUUUUACGACUGGUCAUUUCUGGGGCUGCUAGAGGACCUGCAUAUCUCCACAAGAAUAACUUCAUUCAUUCAGACAUAAAAUCAGACAAUGUCCUUGUAUCAAGCUCUGGCGACGCCCUCAUCUGUGACUUUGGCUACACUCGCAUAAUCAAUGCUAGCCAAAGUCUAGCACAUUUGACCACUGGUAACGGUAUGACUGGGACAGCACAUUAUCUAUCAUACGAGUUAAUAGCAUACUCUGCAACAUACUCGGAACACAGUAAAGAAUCAGACGUCUGGGCUUUUGGGAUGACUGUAUAUGUAAGCAAUCUAGUCUGUCUCUGUUGCAUCACUGCUAAUCAGACUCAAGGAGUUGUAUACUCGCAGUCGUCCUUACUCCUCAUUCAACCAGAUAAUAGUAGUCACCCAGAUUUUACAACAAAGACUUCCGGAAUUUCCUUCAACACCUGUUGA